AGAUAUGUAAACAAGUAUGACGAAAUGUACAUUUUUAUCGUCUUGUUUUUUAAUUCGUAAGAAUUGGGUUGUAGUAAGCGUAGUAAGUGUACUUUCAUUACCAAGUAUUGGCAAUGAUUUGGACAGAUGAACGAACAUGAACAUGUGGAGGAAGAUGGAAGCGGUGUUAUGUGUUUAAUGAGUGAUGCGUAGGGUUUUGGAAGUUGUUGAAUGGGACAGUUGCGUUUCAAACUAGAUUUAUCUUUAACUGUUGAAAAAUUCGGUUUGUUACCUUAUUUAUGAAAACUAUAGGAACGUGCGUAAAUGAGAACAGUGGGCAGAAGGAAAAUACGUAUUUUGUAGUGAUAUGUAACUUAACCCUACCUAUGGAUAUUUGUCUCGUAUAGUAUGAAGAAUAUGUGAGAAUUCUCGGAAUACAUUUUUUGUUUAUCUUCAGUUUUAUUUGAAUGACUAGUAGUCUGUGAUACACACAGAACCUCACAUGUCAAGUAGUGAAGAAGAGGAAGAAUUCUUGGUCAAUGUGGAAUUUAAUGGAAUGUUGGAGAAGGACAUUCUUGAUAGAUCUCCGGUCUUCUUAAAGAUGAUUGAUGUUGAAGGAAAGAAUCCGGUUAUGCAGAUUGGAAAUCAGACAUUUGCAGGAGAAUAUCGUGAUAUUGUGGGGACAGCUCUUUUCUUUGAAGAGGACCCAGUGCCCCCUGGAGGUGACUCUGUUUUUACAACCAUUCCAGAACAUCAACUCCGUUAUGUCUGCAAAACUCGGAAAGCUUUGCAUAUGUCAAGAGUAUUUUUACAGAGGAAAGAUUCUGCUGAAAACACUGAUGCAAAGUAUGGUGUCAAAAAUGAUUCUGGUGUAGAGCCAGAUGUUGAUAUUAGCGGGAAUUCUGUCAGUAUGAAUCAGAAGAUUGCAACCAGAAAUGUCUGUAACAGUCCUUCAGACAAUCUUUCAAUGGAGAUAGAAGAAUUACAUUCAAUGGCUAGCAAGAAGCAAGAACCCAGAAGAAAUCCUGAUCCUGAACCUGUAGCAGGACCUUCAUGGAUGUCUGAUCUACCCAGAGAUGAUGUUAGAGAUCUGGAAACAUUGAUGGAGGCCACUGCGUCAAAGAGAGUGACACAUGAGAUCUCAGAACUUAUAGAGAAGCAAAUAAAUAUUACUACUGAUAGUACUGAAAAUAUUGUGACUGAUUCUGACAGUGUAUGUGAUGGCUAGUACUGUCAAAUCUUUAUUUAAGGUCUUCCUGAGAUACAUUUUGAUUAACAUGUUGAUGUAGUCAUUAUCACAUACAUCAGUUUCCCACAAUUCCUCUUGCUUCUCAUAAUGCUGUAUCUCCACCUGCUAAUGUAGUAACUGUUCUAGUAACCCAGGCUGGGCUAAAGAGCUCAUUAUAAUGCAGCUGUUUAGUUGUGUAAUGUGUUUACCACCUCCUUCAUGUUUUAUGUGUUUAUAACAUGUUUCAGCUGUAUACAGCCAUCUUCAAUUAUAUUUGUUGUGGCAGCUGUUUCAAUGCACAUGUGUCACUUUCAGCUGUAUGACAGUAUAAGAGUUGUAAGCACAAAUUGAACCUUAAAUGAUAUCAUUAAUGAGAAUUGUGUAAAAUGUAAUUUUGUGUAUUUUUCAUUAAUGGCAGUCAUUGUUGGAUGUCCUGUGUGCUGGGCACAGUGUCUGUCCAUAUCAGUGAGUGUUCAGAGUUGUGGAUGGAUGUGUUCUGUUGUGUAUUGCUCAUGGGUGAUGUGUAUGUGGUCCGCAUGUCUUGAACAUUAUGGGAAUUUCAGAAUGUAGAUGGAUUUUGCUUUUAAGUUUUAUAGCCACACCAUUCCUAUUAUAAAGCUUUGAAUGUCAGAUUAGGAUUAUUGGUUAUCUGUUGUCUAGUAUUCUCUACAGAAUAUUCCAUUUAAGAAAGUUGGUGUGGGAGAGAGAGCUAGUCUCAAGUCACCAGACUGACACAGUGCUGUGACUGCAAUGUAAGAUAUGGGACAAAAUCAAGGAACCUAAUAAUACUAUGGGUAAAGAUGUAUACUGUCAACAGAGCUCUUUAGAAUUGGCUUCUAAAUUGAGGUUGUUGUGAUCUGUAAAGGGUGGCAAAGAAGUUUCAAUAGUGCCUAUGUGUUAAAGUUACCGCCAUGUUGUCCAGCAUGUUAGCUCUGCCAAUCAUAGAAGUUUAUUUUUAGAAAGAACACCCAAAACCUAAUGUAAGAAUUUCCAUCCAAGUUCAUAAGGUAAGGUUUUUGGGUUUGUUUUUACUUUGAUUGGCAGUGCUUAUGCUGCAAACAGCAAGGUGGUAACAUCUUAAAAAUACUUGGGUCAGCCAUUAAUAUUCAAGUACUCAACUGCUUGAUUUCUCCUGCUCUUGCCUUGUAUUUACUCUGAAAAUGACUGCUGCAGUAUAUGCCAAAAGGGAAUGGCUUCAACAUAUGAUGCAACUGAAUCUUAGAAAAGCUGGCAAUUACACAUUUGAGGUAGAUUCAGUAGAAAGAGGAUUCCAGUUAGUGUUGACACAGAA